GAAAAACAGAGUGUUCAGCCCAGUAACCACCCACAGUCGCAAAACAGAAGCAGACUGGAACACCAGGAAACGAGACUUUCCUCAGAACGCUGCUUCAACAGACAGGUGUGAUGCCUUAUAAGGAGGAGCAACCUAGCGACAUCUCUCCCUCUCUUAUCCCCAGACCUCGGGGAAACCGAGCUCGGCAUGUGAGCUACCUCUUCCUUGCUCUGUGUGUUUGUUUCCUGUGCCUCACUGAGCAGAGCCUAGACCUUGUCUUCCACUCCAUUGUCAUCCAUUUCACAGCCCUGCAGGUUGGAGCGCUGUGUCAGGGGGUCUGCAACUUCGCAGAAGAGCUGCGUCAUGUGACAUCCAGGUAUCAUGGGAGCUACUUAAGGGCCCUGAAUGCCUGCCUAGAGCUACGCAAACGUUCUUUCCUAUUUCUCCUGCUGUGUGGAGUAGCCUACCUGCAUCUCCUCAAAGAAUCGGGCCUUCCAGUGUGUCGGAACCUGAUCACUGUGUGCUUCUGCCAACUUUUAAACUUUGUCUUUGACCUCCAGCACCCAUCAGCUGCCGAGAUUUCUGAAAUGUAUGAGAGAAGCAACUGCAAUGUAGCACAAGGACUUGCCUGGUCAUACUACGUUGGGUAUUUAAAAUUCAUUUUGCCUGGCCUCAAAGAUCGGAUUAGAGAGUUCAACCAAAGCAAUACCCGUUUGCUGAAUUGCGAGAAGACUUGGAAACUGCACAUAUUGAUCCCCCUGAGCUGCGAUGUGUGUGAUGACCUGCAGAAGGAUGACAGUCAUAUUCACUUCAUAAAGAAUCUCCCAGAAUUGAACAUUGAUGUUGCUGGCAUUAAAAAAAGAAGCUACAAAAAUAGCGUCUAUGGGAUAUUGGGUGAAAACAAAGAGGAGCAUUUUUGUGUUAUGGAGUAUGCCACUCCUCUGCGGUCCCUCUUUGCCAUGUCCCAAGAUGAAAGUGCUGCCUUCAGCCGUCAAGACCGUUUGGAACAAGCCAAGCUUUUCUGCAGAGCCCUGGAAGAAAUCUUACAGGCAUCUAAACACUGUUCUGGCUGCUACCGGCUCAUUGUCUAUGAUGAUUCAGAAGAAAAUGACAAGCACUUUCUGUCCAAGACUAUCCUAAGACACAUGGAGCAGGAGCGCCAAGAGGAGUAUACCAUGGAUGAAAAGCAUGAAGGGGCCACACAUAACGCUGAAUCAAAAGGGACUCAGCUCCUGAUUAGUGGCUCUGAUCAUCCCAUGUCUUUGCAUAGUUACGGCUACUGAAAUAUAUUGGCCCCCAUCACACAGCUCCAUGCCCCUUCUUGUGGAAAUCAUCAGGAUUGCUUCCAGAUGAAACCUAAUACAGUGGU